AUGGCGGGUUCCAGCUCGGAAGAGGCGUUCCUCGACUUCUGCGAGCGCAUUUCGAUCGAAGACGGCUUCUUUACCAAGCUCAAGCGCCGUAGCACAGCAAAGAAAGAAUGGAGGGCCAUGGAUUCAAGCACGAGAAGUGCAGUAACGGCACUCUCAAAAGCAAUCUCCGCAAGCGACCAGACGGCACGAGAAGCCAAAAGCACGAUCGAGUCCUGCUAUGAAACGAUCGAGCGACUCCCCAAGCGGUCUCGAAUCAGACGGUUGCGUUGGCUCGACACGGUCGAGAGCUGCGCUCUGCACAGCAUCGCACGAGGCGAAAAUGCCACACAAGCAGCGGACAGCGUCAUCGAUAUGCUCAGGCUCUGGAAGACAGACUCAAUGUUCCUACACUUGCUUUACGUAUGGAGAGAAAAGGUGGAUACGUUUCUUGAUGAGCAGAAACGAUCGCUCAAGUUGCUUCAGAAAGAACUCCACGGCUUGAAGCGGCGGACACCCGGGAGGAAGAUCAUACGCUACGCUACGAGAGACGACAUGGAAGCGUUGUCGCAAAAACGAGUCGAUCGACCACCCAUAAUGGAAAGACCUCCACCAAAGCAGCGAUCUACUACAGCUACAAGCUGGCACUGCCGAGACCUAGGCACUGCAUUCGGCGCGAUCAACAAGGGUGUGCACAUUUCUGUGGGAGUUGAUGGCAAUGGUGUGAUCGUGGACAGAACAGUGCGCAAGACUGUCUUAAUGGAGAAUAGCUGGGACUGGUGUGGCAACUUGCCAAGGGAGUUCGUGACACAGGUUGUUUUGAGCGGCCUUGCCAAUGCGAAGUUCGUGCUUGGGGUAGAGGAGUGGGCAGAAGCUCGCGACAACAACUUCUACCACUUGUAUCUCGAGUUCGCGCCGCAUGGCGAUCUUUUCCAGCUUGCUGCCAAUCACCGUCAGGCCGAUCGAUGGGUACCUGAAGAGUUCCUUUGGCUCCUGUUUCAAGCAUUGAUAGAGAGUGCUUUGCUUAUGAAGCACGGUAUCGGCUACAGGAAGCAAGGAAACCAACCAGCCUGGCAGGAGAUGAUCCAUCGAGACCUAAAACCAGAGAACAUCUUUCUGGCACUACCGACGAAGGGACACUUCCAGAUGUAUCCAAGGCCGAAAAUAGCCGAUUUCGGCGGUGCCAUCUUUACCACCAAGAAAGACCCGCUCAACCCCGACUUCUAUGCGACGUUCGGGACCCCAGGGCUCUGUGCACCCGAGCAGUACUGGUAUAUCGACCCAGUCACUGAGAAGCCGGUGGAUCGCUUCCAAGUUCUCUCGCCAUGCAACGUCUGGGGCAUAGGGGCAGUCAUGUACAACCUGAUGACUUUGGGCGGCUUGAAUGCAACAACUCAACCACCCUACGCGAUCUCUCGAUAUCCCGACAGUCCAAUGGCUGGAACCGGAAGGCACAUCAACCAGCCAGCCAGACACUUCGAAGCCAUGGACAUCGACGGCCAACCUGAUAUCGGCUACGAAACGCCAGACGAAGACCGCCCCAGGGACGACGAGUCCUUCUAUGGGGAGGCUUUCAGGUACACGCUCAGAUCUUCGGUGAAACAGCGGUACAGUGCUGAGCUCUGCGACAUGGUGAAUCGAUGCAUGAAUUUCCAUCCCGACUCUCGACCGCUGAUUUCAGACCUCAAGAAUUGGGUGGAUGAUCAGUUCUGGAAGAGGUCAAGGCUUAAGGAUCUGAAUAAUGGUCGGAAGACUGUUGGGAAAGCGCCCGGGCCUGCUUUGUAUGAGCCGGAAAAGGAGGAGUAUAAGCUUGGUAUGCAUUGGCAGACGUUGCGGGUCAUCAACUAG